GUCAAAAAGAUCUGGUCCUAGGCCUCUUGAACGAUCCAUGUCCAUGUACUUUAUCAAAAGCUUGGCCUUGUCCGAUUUGCUGUCAUGCAUCAUCCACACUCCUAUGGGCUGUAUCUGGAUACUCGAUGGAUCAAUCAAAACUGACCUUGAAUGCCAGCUGCAUAGAGUAGCACUGAUGAGUUUAUCCAGUAUCACUAUCCUGAACGUUACAUUCAUCGCAAUUGAACGAUAUCUCGCAGUCUUUUACCCGCUGAGGGCUCCUUCAGUAGCCGUGUCUAAAGUCUGUGUCGUUCUCGCAUGGGUUAUUGGAACGAUUGUUGGUGUCGCCCACAUUCUCCCGUACAAAGCCGUCACCUUCGACAUUGGUCAAUAUGCAUACACAGUUAUCUGCGUUUCCUACGCUGAGAAAGAGAUUGCACGAGUUCUAAUGACCAUCCAUACGGUGAUUAUGUUUAUCAUCCCGAACGUCAUCAUGUUGAUCUCAUCCAUCUUGAUUAGCAGGUUCCUCAGGAAAAGAAAGCGCCAGGUCGCGGACGGGRUCAUUAACGCCACCGAAAAGUCCCAGUCUUGGAGAUUCAAGGAUACUGGCAUGUUCAUGAAGAUUAUUUUUGCCUUUUACAUUCCAUAUACUUUGUUUUUCGUAGUAGGUGUUAUGAAAGAGAUUGGCCAUGUGGAGUUAAACGUCCCCAAUGAGUCUAUCAUACAGCUAUCUACUUUCAUUUUAGCUUUCACUAACUGUGUUAUCAAUCCCAUUAUAUAUGUUACAGCUUACAAAGACAUUAAGAACAUGGCGCGUAAGAUCUUUACCAGCUCAACUGCCAAUACAGAAAGAACUAACCCUUGAUUAGAAACAAAAACGGACUACUGCUUGGUUUAGCUCCGAAAAAGGACCGAAAGAAAGUCCUUCGGAGCUUAAAGAAUACAUUCAGUGCGACUCUUAAGGUGGAACCAAACUG